AUGAUAAAGAUUGACUUGCAAAAAGCGUAUGAUUCUGUUGAAUGGCCAUUUCUGAGACAGAUGCUUACAGAGCUUGGAUUCCCAGAACAGUUUAUUAUUUGGGUAAUGGAGUAUGUCCAAACAGUAAACUACACUGUGAUGAUCAAUGGUGAGCCAAGUGAACCUUUCAAUGCAGAUAGAGGACUUCGACAAGGAGAUCUAAUGUCUCCCUUUUUGUUUGCAAUUGCCAUGGAGUACCUAAGUAGAAAGCUCAAUGAAUUAAAGGCAGAUAGAUCCUUUCAGUUUCACCCAAAGUGUGCAAAGCUAGGUAUUACACACCUUAGUUUUGCGGAUGAUCUGUUGCUCUUUGCUAAAGGGAACUUAUCUUCUAUUACUGCUCUACACAAGUGUUUCAGCCAGUUCUCUGAAGCUUCAGGAUUACAGGCUAAUCUGGGGAAAAGUUGUGUGUAUUUUGGAGGAGUUAAGGGGGAGAUUCAAGACAGCAUAUUGAGCCAUUUAGGUUUUGUUCAUGGAACCUUACCUUUCAAAUAUAUGGGAGUGCCUUUAUCAACAAAGAAGAUCACAUUACUACAAUGGCAACCACUAAUAGAGAAGUUCACAGCUAGAGUUACUUCUUGGACUGCCAAAAAGUUGUCUUAUGCCUACUGGGCUCAACUAUUUCUUAUACCUGCAAAGGUACUGAAAACUAUAGAUGCUUAUUGUAGGAGUUAUGUAUGGUCAGGGAGCAACACAAUCACUAGGAAAGCUUUGGUGGCAUGGGAUAGAGAUAAGAUGUGGAUUCGAUGGAUUCAUGCGUACUAUGUCCAAGGCAAGCUUUUGAGGGAUAUGCCAAUCCCAGCACAAGCAAGCUGGAUCACUAGGAAAAUACUGGAAGCUAAGGAACAUCUGCAUCUGAUACCUAUUAAUGAUGCCAGACCUAAAGCAGUGUUUACAAUGUGGCUACAACUACAAGGGAGGCUAGCUACAACAGAUCGAUUGGUGAAAUGGGGAUUAGCAGUGGACACUACAUGCAUACUAUGCCAGAAUCAACUAGAAACAAAGGACCACCUUUUUGCUGAAUGUGAAUUUACUAAAGCUAUAUGGAGGAAAAUGCAGCAAUGGCUACAAUGGCUACCAGCAAUGACUUGGAACCAGCACACAAAAUGGGCUAUUCAAAAAGCCAAAGGGGAAUCACAGCAAGCCCAAAUAUUCAGAAUGGUGUAUGCUGAGUGUAUAUAUGCUAUAUGGAUGGAAAGGAAUCAUAGAAUUUUUGAAAAGAAGUAUCGGAACUGGGAAGCAAUUGCGCGUGAAGUCACUUACAUCUGUCAUGUAAGAGCAGCCCCAAGAGUCAAGAUUUUGCUACAGAGUUUUGUGUUUUAG